AUGCGCGGACUCGCAUUUGUCGCUGUUGUUGUCGCCGCGGUCGCCCACGCCGCCGCCGCCGGCAUGGGUGUCUGCUACGACAUUUACGACGCCAACAACAUUGACAAGCACUUCCGCACGAUCAAAACGCGCUUCUCGGCCGUCCGCACGUACCAGACGUCUCUCUGGACACCACGCAACGUCAUUGACGCCGGUGCGGACAACGGCCUCGCGGUCUACGCGGGCAUUUGGCUCCGGGAUGGCAUGGACUUUAACAAGGAACUCCAGGCGGUGAUUGACGGCCACUACCGCCACCCGGGCACGCUCCAAGCCGUGUUUGUCGGCAACGAAGACCUCAUGAACAACUGGAACCAGUGGGCGAUUCGGGACAAGGUCAACGCCGCACGCAGCCGUCUCCGGUCGGCGGGGAUCAAUGUGCCGGUCGGGUCGGUGCAGACCGACGGCGACUGGCUCAAGAACCGGGAUCUCGCCAACGCGUGCGAUAUCAUGGGCGUCAACAUCUACGCCUUCUUUGGCGGGUCGCCCGUCUCGUGGACCAACCCGAUCGCGGACUUGGACGCGCGCUGGAAGGCGAUGACGCAAGCGUUUGGCGGCAACAAGGUCAUGCUCACGGAAACCGGGUGGCCCCACGGCGGCGGCAACAACGGCAACCAUGUCUCCAACCGCGGGAACGCGAUCGACUACUUCACCAAGGUCCAGGCAUGGGUGAACGCGGGCAACGGCGGCGCGGCGCCCAUGUACUUCAUGUUCCACGACAACCGGCGCAAGUAUGGCUUUGAAGGGCAGUUUGGCCUCGCGGACGCCGACAGCAACUGGAAGUUUGACUUUGGCUCGUCGGGCCCGGCGCCGAUCGUCGACGACGACCCGCGCUUGAGCUCGCCGUUCCAGCUUAUUACGUCGCGCAACAAGGCGCUGCGCGAGUUCUAUGGCGCGGCGGCCGCCAAGGACAACAACCAAGACAAGUUUACGCUCUGGUCGUACGACCGGUCGUCCCAGACGCUGCGCAACCUCGGCGCCAACCAGUGUCUCGACGCCUACUACGAGAGCAAUGGCCGCCCGCGCGUGCACCUGUUCGCCUGCGACGGCAACAACGACAACCAAAAGUGGCGCGUAGUCGACAACAAGGUCCUCCACGCCCGGUUCUCCAACCUCUGCUUGGACGCCGACCCGAACGACCCGAACGAAGCCGUCCAAGUCUACGCAUGCGUCGGCAACAACGACAACCAAGUCUUCCGCAUCUCGGACGCCGUGCAGCACGUGCGUCUCCAGUCGCCAGCGUUCAACCGCGCACUCGGUGUCGGUGAAAACGACCAAUGCCAUGACGCGAGCGCGGUCUGGGUCAAGUACCAGCAACUGGAGUUCCAAGUCUAA